CCCUUGUAAAGUGCCUUAGAGUAAUUUGUUUGAUAUAAGAUUGAUUAAUUGAUUGAUUGUAUCUUGCUUAACGUCUCGCUCGAGAAUUUUUCACUCAUAUGGAGACGUCACAAAUACCGGUGAAGGGCUUCAAAUUUAGGCCUAUGCUCGACACUUCCGGCCAUUGAGCAGUGAGGGUUCUUUAGCGUGCCACACUUACUGUGACACGGGACAUCCGUUUUUAAGGUCAUCUCCGAGGACCCGGACAUUGCCGAGCGUUUGGCGAUGGAACUAUCACUACCCGUUUUAACGACUUGGGUCUGUCGCGGCCGGGAUUCGAAUGAAUGAAUGUGGGGCGAACGCUCUAACCUCUCGGCCACCGUGGCGGUUUUUAUAUAAGACGAUACAUAACUGUUAUUAUUAUUAUACUAUCAUUAUCAAUAUUAUCAUAUCAAGGAAACCGAUAGGAUUCAUAACUCCGAGCACAUAUAUUAUUAAAUCAUAUUAUUAAAUCACUUCAUGUCAUAUCAGUAUUAACAAUUUGAUGCACAUUUUCUCAAGACUUUGAUAAACAGGAGCAAACAUCCUUAAGAAUGGAUUCUUCUCAGAUUUAGCAGAGCCUUGAGAUAUGGGAUAUGGGAUAUUUUGCAUGCCAAAGAUAUAGAAUCUGUUUGAAGCACAAUUUAAAAGAAAUGCGUGUCUUGGGUCUUUUUUUUUUUUGAAGAAUAGGUCGAGGUCAAAGUCUUCUCAUACCAGAGGAAUUUGAAAUUCAGCUAGUGCUAAUGUAACGAGGACCGUUACAGAUGUUUGCUCAAAUGUCACCAUCUGUCAAGUGGAACAUUUAAUUUCAGUAAUUUUAAUUGAAUCGUUUGAUAAACAAUUAUAUGCAGGAAGUAUGACAUUCAUUCUAUGUCCUUCAUUCAGAUGAGAACUAAAGAGGUUAAAACAUUUUCCAAACAAAACGAAAUGACUGUACAUUUGACCAUGUACAUCAGUGAAGAAUCUCGAUAUAUGUUAAUGGUAUAAUUUUGAAACCAAUUCAUUGAAACGAAAGGGAGUUAUAAACGUUAUACUCUGAUUAGAACAGUAGAUGACGUGAAGGAAUAGGUGGGAGGAAUUAAUUUCUAUUGAUUGUAUUUAGUCAUACUUUCCAGUGAGAAGAAUCAUUUCAUUAAGGAGGUGUCAUGGGCUAGUCAGGCCUUGCCUGUUUCUAUGUCGUACACGCGUAUUUUAAGAUAGAUAUGAGUAUUGUUAUACAUGUAGGAAUGAAUGACACGUGUUUUUAUCAAGCUUUAUAAGCUAUACACUUGAUGCAAAUUAUGCAAGUUAACAUGAUUGGUAUACAAAGUAAUCAAAUUACUUUCCUAUCUAUCAAUUUCCGAACAGUCCCAUUUAAAAACAUUUAUAAUCACGUAACGUCACAAGCGACUCAAAGGCGUGAACGGCGUGCAGGCUGUUGGUGGAAACUUUCAGCGAUAAAAGAAAGAAGUCAGUCAUGAAGGGAAUUAAAUUUCAUGUUUUAAAGAAAAUCAUUUUAAUACCAUAAUUGCCUAUUUUUUAAAUGUUAUGUUUCUAACAAUACUUUUCUCGCCCACUUUCACCAUAAACGUGAAUCAUUCAUAAAAUGUUAGGUAGGAAGACUAUAUUUGACACAAGUCUAUGCAUAUACAUAAUGAAUAUGGAGCUGUGCGUAUUGAAUGAUACAUGCGUAUUAAAUCAAUUAUUGCUCUUAUCAAUUUAUUAUGCGCAAUAAUUUAUUUGUUAUCCGCAACAAUUGAAUCACUAUGGGCAAUAAUUGAAUGUUUUUCAGUACUUAAAUCUGUUUCAAUAAUUGAAUCCAAUUACUGCCCUCAUUAAUAAAAUUGAUGUGCGCAUCAAUGGGGUGAAAUUAUUGCUCGCAAAAUUUAAUUUAGAGCUCGAUAUAAUUGAUUUUAUGAUCUCUUUAAUCUAGCUGAAGAUAUAUUUAAUUUGUAUAAAGAAUUAAUACUCAUAUCAAGUUUUUCUCGAUCCAGAUCAAGGAACAAAAGUAAAUAUGCUUACUAUUUUUGGCAGAAAAAAUAAUCACUAUUCAAAACAAAUAUCACGUAUAAUGUACAUGUGCAAGAAAUUGUUAUUUUCUGACAACGUUGUUAGUCAUUGAAAAUAAUUUUUAUUCACAAUUUAUAUUGAAAGGAGGGAAUGUAUACCUUUCACAAAUAUAUAAGAUACUGUUAUUCAUAGGGAAAUUUAAAAAUUCACAUUGAAGUGGAAAACGCCUUGUGACAAAACGUUGCGUCAUAUCUAUGAAGCAGAAUUCAAACACUUUUACGGGAGAAGAAAAACCUCUUGUUGUGGACUUCAAUUCGACAUUUAGAUAUAUCGAGGAUUUAUUAUAUCUUAACAGUGAUAAUUUUCAUUCAUAUGUCGAUUCAAUAUAUCCCAGUGAACUCGAAAUAAACGACACCACAGAGUCGUCCACUUCUGCUUCAUACUUAAAUAUUUUAUUGAAAGUAGAUAUCAACGACAAACUAACAAGUUAACUUUAUGACAAACGGGAUGAUUUCAACUUCUACAUCGUCAACCCAUAUUUAUGUAGUAAUUUUCCAUUUUCACCCGCAUACGGUAUUUACAUCUCUCAACUGAUUCGAUACGCAAGAGCUUGUUUUCCGUAUGGUCAAUCUUUAAAUCGAGGCAGGCUACUGACAAACAAGUUGAUGGUUCAGGGGUUCCAAUAGUCUCGUUUAGAAUCAGCAUUUCGCAAAUAUUAUGAUCGUUAUCAUGAUCUAGUUUCCCAAUACAACCUACAAUGUAUCAUAGGGUCACAUGCUGUCUUACGUGUUUCAUGUCGAUUGUUAGGCCGUUCUUGGCACACUGAUUUUGACUACGGAUAACUCGUUUACCUGAUCAAGAUAUAGGGCUCACGGCGGGUGUGCCCGGUCGACAGGGGAUGCUUACUUCUCCUAGGAACCUGAUCCCACCUCUGGUGUGUCCAAGGGUCCGUGUUUGCUCAACCCUCUAUUUUGUAUUUCUUAUAGCAGUUAUGAGAUUGAUCACUGUUCGUUAUCUUCACCUUUCAUCUAAAGACAUCUUUCAAUGCUUCUAUUUACUUAAUCAAAUGCUUAUACUGGGUACCUACAUAUGCAUGUAAUUAAAAAUAAAGGAAAAUUAAAAUCAAAUCUGAUAUAUACAUCAUUUAUCUUAUGACCGUACUAUCAAAGAAUAAGAGGCACUCCUUUUGCGUAGACCUGUUUUUACGCGCUAUACCGAUCAAACUGCCUGGUGCGAUAUAGGAAGAGUUAAGGUAACUCCAUACUCGCAGUUUUGUCUGAUCCAAGUUUGAAAAGUGUAUUUAUUUCCAUUUAUUAUAGUUAAAACUAAUAAAUUAUCAAAUAAAAUAUAUAGGUCACCACACUUUUUAAGAUGCGAGACAUAGAUAAACAGAAUCAUAUAUCACCGUCAGAGAGUUGCAAUUUUCUACGGUGUGAUCAAAAUUUCAUAAAAACUAUUUGUGUCGAUAUCAUAGGAUUCCUAAUAAUUUCCUGAAACUGUUUCUUCACAAAAAAUAUACAAAAUGUCUGUAAAAAAUAAUAAAGGAAAUCGAUCGCAUAAUAGAAUUGAUAUAGAAAUCAAUGAAAAGAGUUAUAUCCCCUGGAUUCAAUAUUUUGCAACAUGAACAGCGAUCAAUCUCAUAACUCCUAUAAGCAAAACAAAAUAGAUAGUUGGGCAAACACGGACCCUGGACACACUAUAAUUUGGACUUCUGAAAUAGUUUGUUUUUAACAAGAUUUUUUAAAAUACCUAUCGGGAAAGAUUCUAGCACAAAAUUAUGUUCCUAUCAUGCAUAAAUCUGAAUAAAUCAUUGAUUUAAUUUGCAAAAUCUGAUGACAUCAAAGGAGAGUUGAAUUACUAUUAUUACUGUUGAACUGAAUAUAUCCCGUAUUAAAUAAUUGUUCUCUCUCUCUCUCUCUCUCAAAAAAAAAAAAAAGACGUAUUGCGCGCAUCAAUAGGGCAAUAAUUCAAAUAUUGUGCUCAUUAGUUGAAUAGAUGUGCAAAUUAAUUGAGCUAUUCCUCUCUUCAAUUAAAUUAUAACACAUAUGAAUUGAAUUGUCGAUAUAAUCAGUUCAUUAGAAGAGAGGAACAAUUCAAUUAUAGCGCGUAUCAAUUCAACAGAAUAAUUAAUGUUAAUUCAACAGAAUAAUUAAUUCUAUCAAUAAUUCAAUUAAAUUCGAUUAUUUAGAUUUCAUGAUAUCAUUAAUUAUUUGAAUAAUUAAAGAUAUCUUCAAUUAGAGUUUAUGUUAAUUUGGUGUCCCAUAUAUGAAAGGCAUUUGAUAUCAUAUUUAAAAUUUACAUGUAUAUGUAUAUAUUUACAUGCAAUGUAUCUUUGUAUAUUAUUUCCCAACAUGAUUAAUUCAAAGUCCUUCAAAUGACAGAGUUCAUCAUUUUUGAGUGGAAUUAUGUGUGAGCUUGUAAGAUAUUCUUUUUAAACAAUAAAGGUUUUCUGUGCACCUUUAUUAACCUGUGUAUUGAAACCAUGGGUUUGAACAUCUACCAUAUAAAUAUCAUUUAUUGUAGAAAUGCAUCAGUCCUUGGAGAUGGACACGUUUCAUGGCCAAUAAUUAUCAAUUUCCUUGUUUCAAUGUGAAAAAUAAAAUGCGGAAACCUUUCAUCCUGACAAUCUAACAUGAGACGAUGAUACAAAGAAAAGCACAUGUGGGUUAUCCAAUCCCCCUCAACAGGGACAAAAAUAGCCUUUGAUUCGUAUACAUGUUAAACAAGAUUGAUGUACAUCAUUCAUCGAGGAAGUAUUUCAUAAUGUAUUUGAAAAUUGAUAAACGUGAUAUCAAAUGCGGCAAGCAUCACAAUUCUUGAUGACCCGAUUGAAAGAUGAUUACCACUUAUUUGAUACUAAUCAGUUUCUUUACAAUAUGUACUGAAAGUACGGACGAUUGUCUUGAUCAGGAAUGGCCAAACUGUAAAGCCAAUUGCAGAGCUACAGAAAAAAAGAGUUGUGAACCGUGCGAAGUCGGUACAUUUGGUAAAAAUUGUUCAGAGCCAUGUUCAGCCGGCUAUUACGGAGAGAAAUGUUAUAAAAUGUGUAACUGUACAGAAGGAGAGGUUUGUGAUAGACGGCACGGCUGUGUGGAGAACAGAACGGACGUCAUCGCGGGGAUAACUACGUACAAAUACGUACAAGUAACAUCAAAGGAUUCUCUCAGUACAACUGCACCAAAGUCUAAAUAUUUCCAAACGUCAAACUCUCCUGAAGGAACAGGAACGCGAAGAAGUGACGAGGCUGAUGCUGUGAGUAGCCGCGCGGUCAUCAUCACCGGAAGCUGCCUCAUAGUCAUCUGUAUACUUUCAGUAAUAGCGUAUUUAUGCUAUUCAAAAAGCCGAAAAGCAGGAUUAGUGCGACACAGAAGAAAGAGUGACAGAUCUGGGAAUUGGACAGACGGCAAUAUAUCUCAGAAUGCAGGUUUGGGGGAUGAUGAGUGCAUAUACAGUCAAGUGAAUUCUGUACACAUGCAGGAACUCCCACUUCCCUGCCUGCCGUCAGCUGCCCUAGACCCGCUCUAUGGUCACGCAGAUGAUGCGAUUUAUAAUACUCUUUCUCUCAAACUAAAACUUGACAACAAGGUCCUGGAUCCUGAAUGUGAUCAUGUACCAAAACCCCCUGAUUCUGUGUCAGUUACACAAGUUCACAGUGUAUACGAAGAGCCCAGUCCAUUUGUUCCUUCUGACUUGGGUCUCGAGUCGAACUCUUUAGUGAAAACGACAGUUAGUGGAUAUACAGAUAAUUACCUUCAAUGUGUGGAUAUACCAUCGCUGAAGAGAAAUCGGAACACCUCGGGGAUUGACAUUAGUGGAGAAAAUGAGGAAACGAAACAUUCUGAGUGCUCAAAAAGUGAAAACGUCGGUGAAGAAAUAAAGUCCUUUGCAUUUGCUGUAAAAUCAAACACUGAAAAUCACUCCUUUCGUGGUUCCCUCGAGGAAGACGCGCCUGGCAUGGUUGCAGAUAAUUAUUAUAUAAUAUCGAAAGUCGAAGUUGAGAAUCACCAGUCAUUUUCAAAACCCUAAAAGACUUCCGUUUUCGGGGGUUGGAAAAAAGCGAAAUAAAAAUCAACAUGGACAAGUCAGACCGAGAAAAAAGAAUUACCACGAAUAGAAAAUAUCGAAUAUGGCUGUCGGUCGGUAGUACAAAUGUAUACAUGCAUAUAUAUUUCUUUAAAAAGAUGAAAAUCCGUACAGCACAAUGAUAAUAAUAAAGAAAAACACACAAAAACAAAUAUUUACAUUUCCAGUGUUCUUUACCAAUAGGCAAGUUCCGAGAUAUCAGCUCUUCUGUGAUGGAGGUACGUUCAGUAUUCUGUUGAACGCUUGGGUGGGUACAAGAUGUAUACAUAUAUUAUAGACUAACCAUGUUAAUAAGAAUAAAAGUACUCAAAGCGUAAA